GGCGCGCGUGCGCCGUGUGCGGCGGCGGCGGAGCGCGCGGUGGGUGGCGGCUCCGGAGGCGGCGGCGCUGCGGUCCGAGUCCCGGUGUUGUCCCGGCCUCAGAUAGUAGCCUCAUGAACAAUCGGUGACAUCAGAGCAACUGGCAGAGUUGAGGAAAAAAAAUGACCAUCUUGUGAACUUCUACAAAGAAUGCAAGUGAGCCUAGUGUGACCUUCAAUGUUUUUGUCUAUGAAACCUCCUUGAGAAGAUGGCUGACGUAAGCCUGAAGGAAGCGGCACUAAUAGUUGGUGUGGUGGCAGCCUGCUACUGGAACAGUCUCUUUUGUGGGUUUGUUUUUGAUGAUGUUUCAGCGAUUUUGGAUAAUAAAGAUUUGCAUCCUUCUACUCCAUUAAGAAAUCUGUUUCAGAAUGACUUUUGGGGCACUCCAAUGUCUGAGGAGAGGAGUCAUAAAUCUUAUCGUCCCCUUACAGUUCUAACAUUUCGCUUAAACUACUUGUUCAGCGAGUUAAAUGCAGUUUCUUACCACUUUCUAAAUCUGGUCUUUCAUGUGGUGGUUUGCAUUGUCUUCCUCAAAGUCUGUAAGCUCUUCCUGGACAACAGGAGCAGCGUCGUUGCAUCCUUGCUCUUUGCAGUGCACCCAAUACAUACUGAAGCGGUAACUGGAGUUGUGGGCAGAGCAGAGCUUUUAUCAUCUAUUUUUUUCCUAGCUGCUUUUUUGUCAUACACAAAGUCUAAAGGGCCAGAUAAUACCAUAGUGUGGACUCCAAUUGCAGUGACUGUAUUUCUAGUAGCUGUUGCAACACUGUGUAAAGAACAAGGAAUAACAGUGGUGGGGAUAUGCUGUGUGUAUGAAGUCUUCAUUGCUCAAGGGUACACCUUGCCAGCAUUAUUGGACACAGCUGUACAGAUUCUUCGAGGAAAGGGCAGUAUUCCUUUCUCUAUGCUCCAAACACUGUUGAAGCUCAUAGUCCUAAUGUUCAGUACACUCCUGCUUGUAGUUGUCAGAGUCCAGGUUAUCCAGUCUCAGCUUCCAGUGUUUACAAGGUUUGAUAACCCAGCUGCUGUUAGUCCAUCCCCAGCAAGACAGCUGACUUUCAACUACCUCCUCCCUGUAAAUGCUUGGCUUCUUCUCAAUCCUUCAGAAUUAUGCUGUGACUGGACAAUGGGAACUAUUCCUCUUGUGGAGUCUUUGUUAGAUGUUAGAAAUAUUGCCACCCUUACCUUCUUUUUCUUUCUGGGAUCUUUGAUGGUCUUCAGUCUCCGAUACCCUGGAGAUUCCUCCAAGACAGUAUUGAUGGCUCUCUGCUUAAUAGUGCUGCCAUUCAUUCCUGCGUCAAACCUGUUUUUUCCUGUUGGAUUCGUAGUAGCAGAGCGAGUGUUAUAUGUUCCUAGCAUGGGAUUCUGCAUUUUAGUAGCACAUGGAUGGAAGAAAUUAUCAAAUAAAAGUGUGCUAAGAAAAAUUUCUUGGGUUUGUUUGGCUGCGGUGCUAUUCACUCAUGCCUUAAAAACACUGCACAGAAACUGGGAUUGGGAGUCGGAGUACACUUUGUUUAUGUCUGCUUUAAAGGUAAAUAAGAACAAUGCAAAACUAUGGAACAAUGUGGGGCAUGCAUUAGAAAAUGAAAAAAAUUUUGAAAGAGCUCUGCAGUUUUUCAUACAGGCCACACAAGUGCAACCAGAUGAUAUUGGUGCCCACAUGAAUGUAGGAAGAACUUACAAGAACCUAAACAAAACAAAAGAAGCUGAAGAAUCAUAUAUGAUUGCUAAAUCAUUGAUGCCACAGAUUAUUCCAGGGAAAAAGUAUGCAGCAAGAGUUGCUCCUAACCAUCUAAAUGUUUAUAUCAAUCUUGCAAACUUAAUUCGAGCGAAUGAAUCUCGCCUCGAAGAAGCGGAUCAGUUAUAUCGACAAGCAAUAAGUAUGAGACCGGAUUUCAAGCAAGCUUACAUCAGCAGGGGAGAAUUACUUUUAAAAAUGAACAAACCUCUGAAAGCUAAGGAAGCUUACCUUAGAGCACUAGAACUAGACAGAACCAAUGCAGACCUGUGGUACAACUUGGCAAUUGUUUACAUUGAACUGAAAGAUCCAACAGAAGCCCUGAAGAAUUUCAACCGAGCUCUGGAACUUAACCCAACGCAUAAACUGGCGUUAUUCAACUCAGCGCUGCUAAUGCAAGAAUCUGGUGAUGCUCGACUUAGACCUGAAGCUAAACAAAGACUGCUACAUUAUGUGAAAGAAGAACCACAGGAUUCAAAUGGAUACUUUAAUUUGGGUAUGCUAGCAAUGGAUGACAAAAAAGAUCUGGAAGCAGAGGCAUGGAUGAAGAAAGCUAUAAGGUUACAACCAAACUUCCGAAGUGCUUUGUUCAAUUUGGCCCUGCUUUAUUCUCAGACAGGAAAAGAAUUGAUGGCUUUGCCUGUCUUGGAAGACCUACUGAGAUACUACCCUGAUCAUACCAAAGGUCUGAUUUUGAAAGGAGAUAUCCUUAUGAACCAAAAGAAGGAUAUUGUUGGAGCAAAAAUGUGUUUUGAAAAAAUUUUGGAACUGGAUCCCAACAAUGUACAAGGAAAACAUAAUCUUUGUGUGGUUUAUUUUGAAGAAAAAGAUUUAAUAAAGGCAGAAAAAUGUCUGGUUGAAACACUAGCACUGGCACCUCAUGAAGAGUAUAUUCAGCGUCAUCUAAACAUAGUUAGAAGUAAAAUUGCAUCACUUGGUGCUAUGGAACAGUCAUCACUUCCAUCAGAUGGGACUGCAGCUACAGAAGCAAAAAAAAAUUCAUUUCAGGAUUUGAAAGAAGCAAAAAGUGAGAAGAGAACCACCCAAUCAACAGUUGAUAAUAAAGAGCACUCAAAAAAUAAGAAACCAACAGAGAAAAGCAGUGUGGACAAAGAGACUCCCAAAAAAUCUACAAAAGAAAUCAAAGACAUUGAGAAAAAGAGAGUUGCUGCAUUGAAAAGACUAGAAGAAAUUGAACGUAUAUUAAAUGGUGAAUAGUCUUUACCAUGUCACAAAAGAAUAAGGGGAGAAUCCUAUUUUUAAUUAUUGUUUAAUUUGUGAGUCAACUGGAAAGCGUUCUCAGUGCUUUGAAAAUAGAAAUAAUGUUGACUGUAUAUCACUUAUCAAGCAGAAUAAAGCAUUACAAUGCUCUAUAUGAGAAAACCACAACUUUUAAAUAUGAUGGAGGGAUGGGUGGGAAUUGAAGGAUAAAGGGUUGAGAAAAAUCUUCAAUGCAGAAUCCUUAAUAAUGAGAAAAUAGCACUCAUAAAAGUCAUAGCACUCAUAAAAGUCAGGGAUAUUAAGUAAUGCUACUUUCAAAGAUUUAGUGGAAUAACUGAAUGGUGAAUUAGUGGGAUAAGCCAGGCACUCCUUCUUUACCCUAACAAAUCUGUUUGUAUUCUCAUUAUCUACAUUUCAGUUUAAACAUCAGCUGAAAUUUUUCUAGACCUCUGCUGUGCAAGAUAGACAGUUUUUCUUUGCAUUAUUUCCAGAACUUAACAAAGUCACCAAAACACCACUGGAUGUAGUAUAGGAGGAUGCAACAACACACGAAAAUUUUCAGUUGCAUUCUAAAUAUGGAAUGAUAUCUUAACUUUUAGAUGUUCUUUAUUUACAAUGCUAAUGUUUUAUACUCUUUUACCUGGUAAGAAGUCUUAUGGUGCUCUUAAAAUCUUUAGACUGCUUUUUUAUUUUAAAGGAAAUGUGUGGGGCUUCUUCAACUGUCAAUCAUCUGAUUGUUUUUAAAAAUUAUAUUAUAAAGGGUGGUUUCUUCCCCAGUUCAUUGAAUGCUGAUAAAUGCACUUUGGUACAGUAACCAGUAUGCUAUGCAGUAGUCCAUUUUGCUGACUUUAUAUCAAUGGCUGUGGAUUGACUCCUUGGUGUAGUAAAUUUUUCCUUGUUUAUAGCAAUCUGGUUUUACUAUUUCUGUCAUUGCAACAGUAUUUCUAGUCUCAUGACUUUUUACAACACUAAUAUAAGCAAUGUUUGCUCAAGGCAGUGCGAUAAUAAUUAAACCACUGAAUUUAGUCAUGUUUAACACAAGACAAUGUAGGUAGUGUCCUCUCAGAUACUAAGUUCUGUUGUUUUGAUACUUUGUCUUGGGUGUGUGGUUUUUAUUAAAUAUUUAUUUUGUCUACUAAAAAUACUCCCAUUUAUACUUUUUCACUAGUGCAUCAUUUUAAUUUCUUACACUAAACAAAAAUCUUUGCAAUUUCAGUAUUGCUUUUAUCCUUAUGCAAGGCAUAUAUUUUUGUUAAAAUAUGCUACCAAUUACCUAAACCUGAUGUUCUCCUUAAUUCUCAGAAAGAAAAGAAGUGGAAGAGCUGAGUUCACUCAGAAUUUUCACUGAUCAUUAAAUCUAACUCUUAUUCUUCAUGUUUUGUCUUAUUUCAUGAUGUGGAAGUAUUCUUUAACAAUUCUGCUGUUCAGACUUAAUCCUUUCUGUACCUGCUCAACUUUCUGCCUCAGGCAGUAAUCCAGCUGUAAGAUGUAAUAAUUAUCUCUGUGGGAGAUAUCUUAAAUGGGUAAAGGGCUUCCCUGCACAGGCCUUUUAUUUCUUACAUGUCAUUCUUAAUGCUAGCAAAACAAUUGCUUGCAUGGUAAUAACUGGGGUGGUGGGUGGGAGUAUGUUUUAAAAAACAUUAUUUACAAGCAGCUGACAGGAACAAGUAUAUGGUGUGCAGCUGUUCAUCAUACAAAAGAGUAUUUAAGUGCUGCUCUUAAAGAAGUGCUCACAGGAAUCUGUUGACCACACCUUGAAAAUCACUUGUCUGUGAAUAACUCAGAUACUUGCACCUAAAAUAGUGAGUACGUUGACUUCGUAAGAACUUUAAUUUGCAUAUUAAGUCUUCCUCCAAAUGUUUGUUUUACAAAAGGAUUAGCCAUUGUUCUGGGCAAGAUGAAGGAACAUUCAUUUGAAAAUGUCAGGAACUACAUAGUAUGAAAAAGUUUUCUGAUAGAGAAGGUCAGGAGUCUCCUCUCUUCUAUAUCAAUUGCCAUUGCAAUCUGUUGCCAUUGCCACACCAUUUUUAUUUGAUGUGUAAAUUGAAAAGGGGAGUCAAGACACAGUCUCAAUCUCUGCAUCUGAGCCUCUGUUAUGUCUCAUCUUGACCACCCAAGUAGCUCUUUAGGUACUAGCAAGAAGUGUUAGAUUUAUUGAUGCUAAGAAGUGCCAUCAGGUAAUCAUCAGACAAAUGUAAACUGAAUGUUGAUGGGUGUUUUCCAGUCUGUUCUCAAGUUCUAUUCCCCCUUUGUCUCUCUCAAAGGAAUGGUAAUAUUUUGACUAGCAAGUUGUAUUUAUCCUGUUAGGAUGGGUCAGCCAUUUUAAAUUUAGGCUUUCCCAAGAAAAAUGGUUCAUUAAGUUGAAGUGACGUAGAUUGUGAAAAGCUAUCAAAAUGGCAUUUACACAUAGGAAAACUAUCAAAAAGAGAGUAAUUUUGGCUUUUUCUGCUUGCAGGUAGAACAGAAUAAUCAACAGAUAUUUUUCCCCUUCCAGUUCAACAUAUCUUUUCUCUUCCUGCCAUCAUACGCAAAACAUAUCGCAAUUUCACUGAAAACACAGGAAGUAGGAAUUUCUAAGAGUGGGACAGGCAUACUAAAAUAAUUUGUAUCUAUUCAUACAGUGCAAUUACUGUGGUUGCUGAAAAAUUGCAUCCAUAUGCAAGAUUUUUCCCUUACACAUACAGCUGCAGUGUAAGCAUUUUAAGUGAUACACUUAUUUGUGCAUGUGAUUUGAGUGCAGACGCAUGCAUUUGUCAGAUUAUUUUUUUGAUCUUUUGCAGGUGAGUAUAUGCAUAGCUAGACUCAUAAGCAUGUGGAUUAAUUUGAUAUGAAUGCAUAUAGUUGGGACAUUCGGAUAUCUAGAGCUUGUACAGUUGCAGAGGAGCAACAAAAAAGUACUUUUUUUACACAAAAACUUUUUCCUUCACUUCCCCGAAUUCCUCCCAUGUCAAAUUAUGACAGCCUUACUCACAUGCCUUCUUCAGGGAUCUGGACCUUUGGGCUAAGAAUGCAGGCAUCUGUGCCUUCCUGAAGUUUCUUAUGGAAAGACUCACUGAAGAUCAAAACAAUUCAGGGAAGUUUUCAGCCUGUCCCAGUCUUGCAAACUUUGCAUUGCACAAAAGCUCCAGGAAAGAUCCUUGUUUGGGUGAGUGUACAUGGCUAGGCUUUUCCAUGCAAGUUCUAUAAUUCACUUCUGCCUGGCACAAUGUCUGGAAUUGCAGCAGAACCUGCUGUUCCAGGAAAGUCCUGCUUCACCUGCUGCUAUAUAACUAAAACUAUGCUUGGACUUUGAGCCUAGAAAUCCUGCUUUGCUUAGAAACCUUGAGAACGGAAAGGCUGUAAGACACCUUCCACCCAUCCUUUGCCUCAAUUCCUUUCCAUACAAAAAUACAACACUCUGUGCAGUGUUUCAUCUACAGGAAGAAGAACCUGUCCCCCAACCUCCAACAGAUCUUCUAAAAACAUAAGACAUUCCUUCUUGAAAUCAAAAUAACAUAGCUUAGUAUGUUACAAAUAUUGCAAUGCUACAUUUUGUUUUAAAUAAUCUUAGAUAUGGUAUUUUUAUAGCUCUGAGUGGCAGUGCAGUUAAUAUUCUUAGAAAAACUUUAAAACUGCUUUCUACAAUCUAGUGCCUAUCUACCAACUAGUGGUUCAGCAUGUGGGUUAUGUCCCUUGCAAACAGCCAGAGGAAAUCACAUAUAGAUAUUGACUAACAAAAAGCAAUAAUGACAAAAUCAAACCAGGAAAAGAAAAAAAAAAAAAAACACAAACAAACUAAUUGAACCUCAUGCAUUAUUAUCCUGGUUUGGGAACAACAUAAUAAACUGUAUAAUUCUCCUGGUCUAAGAAAUCAUCCCAGAAUCCCAGAAAACCAUUUAACCUUCUCUGCCAUGGUCAAAAUUUAAAAGAUUGCUGGAAAGAGAAUUGGAAUUUAUGGAUACCAUCUACUGUCACUAAGGAAUUCUGUUUAGGAUAAAAAUAAUACCAUGUUAUUACUCCAGCAUAAUGCAAACUUUUGUUAGCUGCUACAUCUUUAACAGUAUAAGAAAGACACUACCAAAAAAAAAAGGAGUAAAAAAUCCUUGUUCAGCUUGUUUCUUCACCAGUGCUUACAGAACUGUAAAUGUCUUUUGCUAAAUACUUACACAGAGGCAAUAACAUUAAAGCAAAUUUAGGGGUUACCUUCUUGCAUGGGUGAGUUCAGUCUUCUAUGGUUAUGGACAGAAACAAAUUAAAAGCUUGGCUUGAGGUGUUGCAUGCAAGACUACACUUGGCAUUGAGGAAAAAAUGUAUGUAUACUUUCUGAAAUUCUAGUUACUCAUAGAUCACUAUAGCAGGCAAUUUGGUAUAUUUGAUGCAGUUUUGGAGUGUGAUACAACUUAGAAGAUUUAUAUGAGGCUCUGAAUUCUGUAACUGUAGUGAAUUUGAAGCCUUGAAGGACUCCAUGUAGUACUCUAUGCAUUGGAAUAAAGCAUGUAGUUCAGAUAUCCUACCCCUAUUUAGCACAUAUAUUUGUUCCUUGCAUGUAAUUAUCAGGGUAUUGUCUUUUUAAAUAGGCAUGACAAGGUAUUUUUAAUUGCAUGAGUAUUCAUCUGCUCACAAUGAGAGUAGGUGGAAGAGGAAAAUACAACAAUUACAGGAUGUCUUACCAAAAGUAGAAGUCAUAAAUCUUGAUUUUUAAAAUACCAUCUAGAACAUGCACUCACCUUGAUUUCAUUUGCAGUUGUUAACCCAGCCCUACACUUUAGUUGUAUGUGAGCAUCAUUGGAGCAUGAUCUGUAGCACUGACUCCCCAGUACCGAGAGCUGGCAGGAGAUAGGGCAAUGGGAGCUGACAGACUGGGGGAUUAGUUGUUACCACUCCUCAGCCUCCAGCUGAAUAAGCAAAGUUUGCUUGUUUGUUUGGGUGCACUGCUCAUUUCAUGUACAGGAGUAUCAGAUAUUAUGGAUGAUUAUCUCAGUUUGCAGGAUACAGUAAUUUUUCUGUUGAUUAAAGAGCUUAAAGGGAGCUUCUGAGCCCCCUUUCUACCCCUUUAACAAAUUUUAAACAGGUCUGGAAUAUUGGGUUUUCUUCAACUCUAUGCAUAUAUUUUAUCAACUUUCCAGUAUAAAUAUGUGCAAACAAAUAAAAAGAAUGGAAAGGAAUGUGACAGCUUAAAUCUCAUGAAAUUCAAAUAUGGGGUGAAAACAUAAAAGAAGCUGAAUUCUGUACUUCUUCUUUAGACGUAUUUAUAUGAGAGGGUUUUCAUGAAGUUACAGUAUGAUGUGUAACACUGGCUACUAUUUGUAUAAGUCACACUAUAUUUCUUCGCUUACUUGGGUGAAUAUAGUCAAAGUUUUAGUACAAAUAUUUAGUAGGUUUAAAUUUACCAUUACAAGGAUAAUCCUUCAGAGGGUUUAACAGAUAUUGCAAAGGAGCUAAUUUGCAUGUUCAGGAAAAGGAAAAAUAAGCAUAAUUGAGUUUAGGGUGUUUUUUCCUUCUGAUCAGUAUGCAUGAAAAAUUAUGUAUUUAACCAAAAAAUAUUUAUUGAAUGAAGAUAAAAAGCACCACUGAAAUUACAAAGAUGCAUAAAGACUUUUCAAAGGUUUUCCAAUUAUCUGCAGUGGUUUAUCUUGUACUAAAAAGGAUCCUUCUUUCCACUGACUUCCUGUAUAUUUUGAUUAUUUUACUGACUGUAAGACCUCUUCCCCUAAGUAACAGCUUUUUAAAAAAUUCUGAGUAUAAAAUUGACUGAUGACCCUUCAGCUUACAAACACAAGACGUACUGUGACUAGAAAAAGAGAAAAACGCAUAAAACAGCAACUGAAAUGCAAGAGGGCAAAUGGGGGAGUUUAAAAAUUAAUAACAAAAAAACAAACACUGUUACCUAUUGUAAAUGCAGGUGAACCUGGUGAGAAGACAUGAUGAUGUCUGACUCUAGCUCAGAAGGUUGAAUGAUUUCUUUAUUAUAACUAUACUAUAAUACAGUAAUAUACUAUUUAAAGGAGACACUAAAACUACAUCCUAACUACUAUAUCUAAACUAACAACUUGUGACCCUCUCACGCGAGUCCAGACACAGGUGGAUUGGAUUGGCCAUCAGGCUUAAACAAUCCUCACUAGAAUCUAAUCAAGCAAUCACCUCAGGUAAACCAUUUUCUAACACAUUCUACAUGGGAAAAACAAGGAGCAGAAAUAUAAAUUGUUUUCGCUUUCUUCUCUCUGUUCUUCUCUAUGAAAAAAUCUUGAGAGAGAGAAGAAUGUGCCACAGUCACAGUUAUCUUAGGCUGUUUUGUGUCUGGGUGUCUCAAGAGCCUUCUGGCUUAUGAGGAAAUAAAGCAAACUUUUAACUCAUCACUUACUGGCAAUCUCAGCAUCAGAGUCUAAAAGCUGUGUCAUCGGGCUGUUUUUAGUAUUUAUGCUGCUCUUUCUUCAGCUCUAGAUGAACCAACAUAAAGGGAUUGGAACUGAGAUUGAAUUUCAGCAGCACAGUCUCUGUAUUGUUUUUGAUGUCUUUAUGUUCUCUUUCCUUUGUUCUCUUGUCUUUUUAUUGUUUCUGUGGCAGUGAUACUUUCUCACACUGCCGGUGUUCCAGGACAGGGGGCUGAAAAGAGGAGGUAACUGAAGGACUAAAGUGUUUAUAUAUAACUAAUAAGAAUCUCCAGUGUUCUGCUCUUUGCUUUUGCUUAAAUACAUAUGAAUAUAUGUAUUUAUAUAUGUAUAUCAAUUGCAUGUGUAAGUCUUUGCUAAAAAGGUGGAACACAAUUAUUUCAACAUUCACUAUGAAAAGUGCUAAUUUUGCUUUAUUAUUCAAAACUUUCAUUAUUUUUCUUGGAACAGCAAGGUAGAAAAAUACCUACAGGGACUGAUGACCAAGUAACUGCUUUGGGUUAUUAUCAGUUGUGGGGCAGCUACAUAAAUCACACAAAUGAUCAGCUGAAAGCAGUGACAUAAAUAAAUCAGUAUAGUUGUAUAAUAUAUAGAGCAUAACACCGUGUGGCUGAUUUUUGCUGUUGUGUAUUGUGAUUCAAUUUCUUUUGUUCGUGAUCUGGCAGGGUUUUGAGAAGGUGGGAGUUUCUACUUCCAAGGGCAGCAGCUGUUCAAACUGUUGUUAUCUGCUGUUCAUUUCCACUUCAGAGGUAAAUCCUGCUAUUUUUGUAAUUCUUGGUAAGUAUCUCGUUAAAAUGUGAAACAGAGGGUUCAUUCAACAGGCUAAACUAGAACACGAUUUGCAGAAGAUCGUGAUUGUAUCACUCUACAGAUGAGGACAAAAUUAGAUACAAUUGUUCUGUGUUUCUGUCCUGAAUUCACCUAUUUUGAAUGUUUUCUUCAUAGUCCUGCCAGCAACUUUUGUAUACCUUAGGCAAGUAACUAUAAAUCUUAAGCAGCAAUCCAACCCAUGUUCUGUAAGUGACAGGAUAAAUUGCAGUGCUCUAAAUAACACCACUGUAAGAUGUGGCCUCUGACCUGAGAAACUUAUCAUCAUGGAAGAAUGUGAUGAUCUAAACCAGGAAAUAAAUAAAAAUGGCAUUUUCAUUAUAUAUUUGGGACUAGAAAAAUCUAGGGUCUUACAAAGCUUCUUAAGUCUACUGAAAAAUAAGUCUUCAUGGUAUUUUUUAUUAAUUUUCCUCCAAGCCUGUGAUUUUCUUCUGAAGAAUUUAUUGCUUUUAUUCAACUGCAUAACUAAAGAGAAAAUACUAAUUUACUUUUAAAUGUUACAGUCGAUUUCCAUAUCAAUUUUUUUUAGUUUUAAUUCAAGAUGAUUAUGCAUAGAUCCUGAAGCUCAUCUACAUACAAUAGGACCAAAUAGUGAGACUGCUGUGAAGACCAUAUUUGGAAUAUUGCAGGUACAACAUGACUGGAAAGGCUUAAGUGGAGUAAUAAAAAAAUUAAUAAGAUUUUUGUGCACAAAGGUACCACCAGUGAGUCAAGACAUGUAUACUCCACAGAUUACUGGAUGCUUGAGUAAACCCUGGAUUAAAAUAACUUCCAACUUGCUGUACACUUUUUCUAAGCAUUUGCUUUCAGAUACUGAAAGUGGGUUACAGACUGGUUUCAUUUGGUGUGGCUGUCUGAGAAGGAAUUCUGCAGGGGGAAGGAAUUAUCCAAGGGGGCAGGGGCUGUGGCAUGUGAUGUGUAAAGAGAGGCUGAAGCAGCUGAUUCAUUUUUGCCUCAAGAGACAGAAUUUACAGGGGUUUCUUACUGCCAUCUUCAACUCUUGAAGGUAUUUGCACAGAAGCAGAUAAUUUGAAAGGUAAUGAACACUAGCUGCAGCAAGGGUAGUUCUAAAUAAAUGCAAGAAAAUAAUUGUUCUCAGCAUUCCCAUUUGCAGAUGAUCCUGCUGUUCAGAGGCUCAUCACCCCCCUGGCAUAUUGCCUUCUUCAGGCUCCUCAGCAGUCAUGCCCUGGUAAGGACAGCACUGUGCUGGCCAACCACUUCAGCAGAGCCAGAGUAAGACAUUUUGCCUGACAAAUACCACUGGGGCUAACAGCAACUAAAUUAAUGCAGAGGCAUUGCAAUGUCAUGCAUUACUUAUGUAAGGAUUUUCCAGAGAAGAAUCAUGCAACUUACAGUACAGGUGAACAGGAAGUGACUCACUAUUUCUCUUAAUAGCAGGCUGAAUGACUUAAAAGGAUGACACUUUUGCUGGUAAAAAAUAAUAUCUUUACAGGACACAAUUAAAUUUUGUUGUUUGUUGCAAGAUGUUAGAUGUCACCUAACCAUUUGGAAGUAGAAAGAGUCAGGGAUUCCAUAAAGCUAAAUGGCCUUAGGUCUGACCUGUGCCAUAAAAAACAUUAUUCUUAACUUCAAAAUCAUUAGAGAAAAAAAGUAGAAAUCUUUUACUUGGAGUAACAUAGAAUGAACAAUUAUCUAUUGUAACCCAACCUUGGCUACAUCAAUAUAAAUGAAGGUCUUGCCUGUAAUGUUUUUGGCCAGAGAAAUGUUUGGAAACUUUGACUUUGCAGGUACAGAGUGGGGAAAAAUACAGAGGAUUUGAUAAGACCUGGAUAUUUGUAGGCAUACUGACCAGCCAUUUUUUAGUUAGGUUAUGAUUCUGCAGAAAGUAGCAUUAUUUUAAAUGAUUUCUGAUAAGGAGUAGAAUGUUUUCAAGAUUAUGACUGUAAAAAAAUCCCAGCAUAUCAAAACUGGGCUUUCAUGAAAAAAAUACCAAAAAAAGGAUUUCUUUAAAAUUAAAUUGAAUUAAAUGGCUGUAAUCCAUGUCCAGAUCUACAAAAGGCAGGUUUUAUGUACAGAUAUGCAGAAACAAUUCAGCAGACCACAGAAAAAGUGGAAGUAAAAUACUGUAAAGUUGUCAAUCUAUGUAAAUUGAAAUGCUAUUUUUUUGGUUGAUUUAACAGAUGAAUAAAACACCUGAUACAAUCUUCCUGAAAAUGAGCUCAGGAGGGACUAAUAGUUAAACUAUAAAUUGCAAGAAUUAAUGGAAUUAUUAGGAGAUGGAUAACAGCUUUCCAACAGGGAAAGACAGCUCUGCAAUAUCUGGUAGCACAGUAGUUGCUAGAGACAUUCCAAAAAUAUCUUGUCACUGAACUUCUUUAAUAAUGUCAGUCAUGACCGUGGUGGAAAUACAGUAAAAAUACUGAUUGUGUUUGUUGAUGGUACAAACAUGUAAGCAUUGUCAAUAUAGGAUAUGGUAUUGUAGAAAAAUCGCUUAUUUCAACUGGAUUAUUAGAAAUCAGAUUAAAUUCAAUAAUAGAUAAUAUAAAAUGAUGCACCCUUCCUCUAAAGGGUUGGGUCAUCACAACCCUGCUACUGGUAUCCCACUUUUGUUGAAAGCUAGAAUUUAGCAAAGAAAUAAGGUGGAAAUGUACUUGGCUGUCCUACAUAACAGCAAGAUUAAAAAUUAGUGAAUUAAUUUAGCCCCAAAAUUAUAUGACUGUGUUAAAAAGGCAACUCCAUUAGAAAUAAAGACACUGGUGAUACUUAUCUGGAAUACUUUGUUAGUUCUCAUUGCCUACGUCCAAGAUCAAUAAAUUAAAACUAAAAUAAUUACAUAAAAUCUCUGCUGGAUGGAUAAGCAAAGCAGGAGGAAUGUCUUCUGCAAAGAGCCAGAGCUUGUUAUCUGAGUCUAAACAAGACAAAAGGGCAGGUCUUUGUUAAGAUAUUCAGUAGGAGGGUUAAAACUGAAAGAAAAUUGCCAUUUAGGCGGAAAGCCAAUGUUUGUACAAGAACAAAAAGGGAGAAAACAAUUAUAAAUACGCUCAAGCUGGAAAUGAGGCAAAAGGCCUGGUCUACUGGAACAAUAUAUUUUGGGACUAUCUUUGAAGAAGAAUGGUGGGGGGAGGAAAGAAUGUUAUUUUAAGCUAAGGUAAUGAACAGUUUUGAAAGUGAAUUCAUCAAAUGCUACCUGUAAUAAUAAAGAAGUAAAUUUUGUGAUCCAGGAAGUUUAUUCUAAUUUUGGGCUUCCUUAAAGCACUCUAAGCUAAGAAAUGGUAGGAAUUUGCAUCCUAUCCUCUGUUUAUUUUAAAGCAUAUGUUUAAAUUGGAGGUACUGUUGUGAAAGCAACAAUAUCUAUUGCAAACUGAUGUAUUUGACAUGUGAAAUCGUUCUGCAUGCAACAAUACAAAAAUAGAGCAUGUUAAAAUGUCUUGUUUUCAGUGGUUAUAAUUUUACUGAAAUCUUAAUGUAGCAGCGAAAAGUUGUCUAAACUUGCAUGUUUAUUGUCUUCUGGAAUUAUUUUGCCAUCUUAUUCCUCUGUACUGAGAUGCUCUGUCUACAGGUUAAAUAAAUGACCUUUUAAAUAGCCAA